GAUGAUGAUAUUAAAGAAUUUCAAGCUCAUUCUCUUAUAUUGAGAGCUAGGUCUAGUCAUUUUCGAAAUAGUUUAGCAGGUGACAAAUUCAAACCCGAGUAUGAUAAAGUCAUCGUGCAUAAGGAUAAUAUAUCCCCUACAAUUUUUGAAAUUAUUCUUAGAUAUCUUUAUAGUGGAAAAGUAGAUUUUAUGAAUUGUGAUGGGCAACAAACACUUGAUUUACUCUAUGCUGCUGAAGAACUCGGUCUUGUAGAAAUUUUAGAAUGUAUUCAAGUUCAACUAACUCAAUAUCAAACCGCAUGGAUGGAUAAAAAUUUUAUUGCACAUCAUCGUGAAAUUUUCAGUCAUGACUCUUUCAAGACACUUCAAGUUUAUUACACUAAUAAAAUUGCAAGCAAUCCUACAAGUAUAUUUGAAACUGUUAAUAAUUUUAGUCCAGAAAUUUUAAAAUCUCUUGAUGACUGUGGGAGUAUUAAAUUAGAUGAAGCUAUUUGGGGGUACAUUGUAAAUUGGGCAAAACUUCAAAUUCCAAGAUUAGGAAAUCAAGUCUCUGGAUGGGCAAGGAAAGAUUGGGACGAAUUUAAAAGUAAACUUUCUUUAUGUAUUCCAUGGACAAGCGUUUUAUCAUUAAACUGGAAUGAAUUCCAUGACCUUUUAAUUCCAUGUGAACCAUUCUUACCAUCUGACCAAUUCGAAUUUGCACUCAAACAUCAAUUAAAAAAAGCUUGUGGAUCAUCUAUUACGAUUUCAUCACCACUUUCUAUUCAAUUUAAUGGUACAAUUAUUAAUAUCUGUCAUGCUACUUUAAUUUCAAGUUGGAUUGAUCAUCGUGAAGAAAAGCCUUAUAGACCUGCGGAAAUACCUUAUGAAUUUAGAUUAAUUAUUCGUGGAAGACGUGAUGGAUUUUUACCAGAUGUAUUUUAUCAACGAUGUGAAGGAAUUCCGAGAACGGUCAUAGUUUUUAAAAUGAAUAAAGCUAAUGCAUUAUAUGGAGGAUAUAAUCCUUUAGAUUGGAAGUUUGAUCAUACUACCAAAGAUAGUUUUAUUUUUAAUUUUGAUGAAGAAAAAGCAGAAAUUACUAGACUUAAUACAGUUCCUAUUCAUAAAAAACCCGGAUAUGGACCUUGUUUUGGUACUAAAGAUUUAUUAUCUUUCCCGAAUGGAAAAAGAUCAAUUUUAUGGAAGACAAAUGAUAAUGCAGAAUCUUUAGCAAUUUCAGAUUACGAAGUUUUUCAAAUUUUUGAAAAACCUAGAAGAUCUAAUUUAGGAUCUACAUCACAUCAAAGUAAUGGAAUAACCCACAAAAAAAG